UACGAUGUAACUAGUCAGACAGGCUGCGUUGCACAAGCUAGGCUUUAAUUCACAUUACAAGAUAUGUGGAGUCAGGAAUGGCAAAUAAAGGAAGCAAGGCAUAUUAACAUAACAGUGUUUCCUACUAUCCAUUUUGUGGUCUGACAGUUUUGUACGUCUACAGCAAAACCAGCAGUUUGAAAGAAAUGUACCAUCAAGCAGAAGCCCCAGGACAGAGUAAUAAGGAAAUGGAGGAAGUGUUUAUGCAUUUGUACCGAGAAUUCAAAAAGCUGGAAAAUGUGUGUAUUAAACAGCGAGAAAUGCUCAUCAGACUUACUGCAGAGAAAGACUACAACAAGGACUUACCCAUCUCCAUGCCAAUUCAGUGCACAGAUGAAGACAACUCAAGACAAUCUGACAUACUUUUUGUCAGAGUCCAGGAAAAGGAGACCAGAUUAAAUGCGCACUGUUCACCCUCUACAGUACCUAAGAGGUCAACCAUAUGUAAGGUUAAAUCUGCAGAUAAUGCUACUGCUGUCCAGUUUUCUGGUUCUGACAACAGAUUUCCUCCAGGAACAGCACAAUCCACUUAUGUUGACAGCCACUGUCAACACGGUCCCGGGAACUGCUUUUGUUUAAAUAAGAACAAUAUGAAUGAUACUGCAAAAGUGAAACCCACUUCCUCUCAGUUUCUUAAAGUGAGUGACAGCGCUGUAGAUCAUGGAAACAACAGUAUUAAAUAUUCCGCAGUAAAGAUGAUGACGGGUCCGAAUCAUCUGGCUCCAAACCUGGGAGGAUACAUUCAUUUAGAUGAGCUGUAUGUAUCGCCUGUUCAUAGCCUGCAUUCCAGAAGUGUUUACAGUCACAUCAGCCCAAGUAAUUCAACAGAGCCAAAAGGACCAUGUCAGGUACCAUGCACUACUGCACACAUACCUGGAGAUUGCGCUGUAGCACACGUACAUGGUGAGCUCCUGAUGUCAGACACCAGCAUGAACUCUUGGGUCUGCAGUUUCUGCCAUGCAGUUUUUCCAGCAGGAGCUGCGACACGGGGUGAAUACUUGCGGCAUAUCACGGCACACAUAGAAGGUGACUGA